AUGAAAGAGCAGCUAAAACUUUGGAGAGAUGCAAACAAGAAGGAACAAUGGCAUGAUGCUCCUGCAAAGGUGAAGGUGGAAAUAAGAAAUGAUAUAGAAUGGGGUCUUUGCCAUAUGCACAUCGAAUUUACAUUAGGAUUGCCUCCUCAAGCAGCAGCAUACGACGUUUUAACUAAUCCAGAUAACCAACUAUACUCCAGAGUUAUCAACCAUCGCGAACUUAUGUUUUCUCUUGCUUAUUGUUGGCAAGUACAUUAUGGGAAAAUGAAAAUGAUGUUCAUGGAAAUGUUCGAGGGCAACUAUACAGUGGAGCCAAUAUAUGUAGAUUCAGAACGUUUGUGCAAGCACAUGAAGCCGAAGAGUCGAGAAGAAUACAGAAAAUGUAGUGGCGGACAAGGAAGGAUUGCGUCGAAGGUGGAAAUGAACCAGGUCUUUAAGCCUUCUUCUCUUUUUAAUCUGCCUCCGCUUUCUUGGUACAUUCUCUCGAUCACUAUCAAGACCACAAAGACUUUGGUCCAGGAUCUUCAAGAUCGGAGUGCCAUGAUCCGAGGUGUUUGA